AUGCUCUGGUGUUUAAGCUGUUUUAGCCAUCGAAGAGCUCAAGAGAAGACGAAAGUUAUCGAUAAUACAUUGAAUGCUUCAGGUAUUUUUGCUAUUGGGCAACACCAUGACAAAAAGACACCUACAUUCGAGGACACGUACGAGAUUCGGUAUCAAAUUGGACAAGGCAAGACUGGUCAAGUGUUUGUAGCCAAGAAAAAGCGUUCAAUGUAUCACAAUAGUGCUAAAACGUUGGUGGAAAAACAGCAACGUGAGCGUGAAGAGCGGGAGUGUGACGACGAAGUGGCGGUUAAAAUUAUACGGCAGGAAUAUUUAUCCACUCCUAACCGUAUUGAAGCAAUACAGUCGGAAUUAUCCAUCUUGGCACACGUCAAUCAUCCAGGAAUUCUUCGCCUUCGAAACGUGUUUCAGGAUGACAACAAGAUUGCGAUCGUGACGGACAGAGCUACAGGAGGUGAAAUUCUAGACGCUAUAUGCAGACCAGGAGCUCCACGAGUGUGUGAGAGCGACGUGGCUGCGAUAAUUCGUCAGCUACUGAGUGUACUGGCAUAUCUACAUCUGAAUGGGAUCACACAUCGUGACAUCAAAGUUGAAAAUAUUUUGUCCAAGUCGCAGAAAUUGCAGGACGGCGUGCUGCUUAUUGACUUUGGCUUGGCUCACAUGGGUACUAUCGGUGGCCGUGAAAUGUCAGGUAUGAAUGGAACGCCGCACUAUAUGGCACCCGAGAUGUAUCGUAAACACGGCGUUUACGAUUUUGCCAUUGAUCUCUGGUCUCUUGGUGUCGUUACGUACGUUUUGUUAUUUGGGCAAUACCCGUUCGACGCACGUUUUCUCUCACAGAUUGAAGACAAGGUUGUUAAAGGUGAGUUUAAAUAUCCUCCCGAGCUUGAGUCGAAGGUGUCCCAACAAGCAAAGAAGUUUAUCGAGUAUUUACUAGUGCGAAAUCCACACGAGCGCCCACCUGCUGCAAUGGCACUCCAGCACCCGUGGUUACAAGUGGACGCGUCAUCUACUGUCCCCUUCACGGAUGAGCACAUGGCUGCGCUAACAAAGUUCUUGGAGAGCAAGAAAGUGUUUGCAUCACCAGCGUCUAAAGAAUACGUGCCACCUGAGCCUGUUCGAGAGGAGGAAUCAUUAUAUAUGAAGGAUAAAACAAAUCAGUGA